AUGGCGACCUGGAGAUGUUCUCAGUUCGUGCGCCAGUUCAGUUCUUCUGUUGCAAAAGCAGGUAAACUCGUACAGAGUCCCGUCCAGGUGUAUGGGGUCGAGGGUCGAUAUGCUACAGCCUUGUAUUCUGCAGCCUCCAAACAGAAUAAACUUGAAGCUGUUGAAAAAGAGUUGACAACUUUGCAGAGCGAACUCAAGAAAGACAGAAAGCUUCUGGAAUUCUUGUAUGAUCCAUCACAGAAGAGAGCCUUCAAGCGAGCUGCCAUUCAGAAGCUCCUGAAACAGAAAAACUUCUCAGAGCUGACGGUGAAUUUGUUCGUUACCUUGUCUGACAAUGGGCGCAUCAGCAAGACUGAGCAGGUGCUCUCCUCCUUUGGCAGGAUCAUGAGCGCACAUAGAGGAGAAGUUCAAAGCACGGUUAUCACUGCUAAGCCACUUGAUGAGGCAAGCUUGAAUGAGUUGAGAUCGGCGCUGCAGGGGUUCCUCAAGAAAGGGCAGUCACUCAAGCUUUACACUGAGGUGGAUCCAUCUUUGAUCGGGGGCAUGCAGGUCACCAUUGGGGAUCGUUACGUUGACAUGUCGAUGGCCUCCAGGAUCAAGACGUACACGGAACUGAUCAAGCAGGCAGUUUAA